AUGCAGAAGAAUCCUCUUUCUUCUGUGAUUGAAACUGCAAAUGGUCCGCUUUUCGUUGACCCCAGUACCGACCUUAUUCCUGACGACGGAGUGAACAGCGAGAAUGAGCAGAUGAAGUAUGAGAUGUUCAAAUUUCUAGCUGGAGUCAGUGGCUUUGGCCAAUGGCAAUUUACAUCGACAAGAAAGAAGCUUUCGGGAACAGUUCACGGUGAACGACCUCUCUUAGCUGGAGUUACAAAGUUGCUCAAAGAGAGAAAGAAUUUGUCAGCAGCACCCACGCGACUCGCUGUUCUCAGAUACAGUAUUGUGCCAAGAUCGCGCAACUGUCGCCGAUUACAUUUUUUCGUCAUUGUUCAUGUACGACCAACCGACAAACUGAUACGCGAACAGUGGCGUAGAACAUACGGCCAACUUCAGCGUGAGCAUAAUUUUAAUAUUAUAUUCGUUACCGGAUUCGCUCAUAACGGGUCGCUCGAUGACGAGCUGAAAGCUGAGGCAUCUCUUUAUGGAGAUAUUUUGCAAGCUCAGUUUCACGACACCUAUAGAAAUCUCACCCUAAAGAAUAUCGCCGCCCUGAGAUUUGUCGCUGCCAUGUGUCCGACAGUGCAAGCAGUUGUCAAACUGGAUGAUGAUGUCGCAUGGAAUAUUGAGGGAACAAAAUCGACCGUUGAUGAAUCCAUAAAAGAUGGGUAUAUCCGCUGCAUCAAGUAUGUCAGCCUCUUAACUAACCCUUUCGAAUGA